UCUUGGAACAAGAAAGUCGGGACAAAGAACCGAGAUCGGAACGGGGUCCACUUGAGCGCAUACUCCCCACCAGCGGUCAACAUACGGCGCGGGCUUUCACAGGGCAUAAGGACCCCCGAACUCGCAAGCAGACGCAUAUUUGAGGGACGAGGGCGCCUUUGAAGGGCGCCAUGCAGCACCAAACCCAGCAUCAAGGGCAGCAGCAAGCAAGGCAGACUGGAAGCAGCGCCGAAGGCACGGCCCAGAAUCGCAGUAUGACACCUACCGCAUCCGCCUCGGGGCCUUCUAGGAACCAACACUCUGAAGAAUCAUGGAUCGAGAUAGAAUCGAGACCGUCCUCCUCCUCGCUAUCCUCUGCCGCCGACGAGAUCAUCACAACCGGGCUUAGGGUCCAGCACGACUCCAACCUCCAUCGACGACGGAGACGCUCGCGCAGCACCGGCCAGUUUCGGAUAGGGACAGGAUAUCGCGUUACUAGCGCAGGUGGAGGAAACAGUAGCCAGGAAGAGUACGAUGAAAGCGAGAGCGAGUCGGACAGGGUGAUGACGUCUUCGAACGAAGGCAUCGGCCCCUCUCCUCUGCAGAAUGAACUGCCCCAGCCGCCGCGGAGUCCAUACUCGGUCGCUUCUUCAGAGACCAUGUCAGAGCGGGAAGGCGAUGACGAGGACGAGGACGAUGACGAGAAUGCGACUGCAGUCAACUAUCCCCGCUCUUCUAGGCGACAAUUUGAGCCACGACCCAACGCUUUCUCGCACCCACCAACACAGCACGCGGUUCGAACGCAGUCGGGCACCGUUUACACCCCUCGGAGACCUGCAGCUAGAUCCUCUUCGCAGCGACACUCCUAUCCCCAGCAUACUCCAUUCAACGCUGUCUCCCCUCAGCAUCAAGCAGACCAUGAUGAGGCCCUGCGCGCCAGCUUGUCCACACUCUUGUCUGCUGCUGCAGCCGUGCGAGGACUGCCGAAGCCCGGCCACUCACGUACGGUGACCUCGAAUACCUCUGGCCGGAUCGAUCCUACGUCGCUUCGGAUAGUCCCAGAAUCUGUGGCCCUCGGCGAGAUACCAGAGGACGCCAGCAGUCACCAAGUCUCCUCAGGUGGCCCUCCUACUUCUUCCUCUCCCCGCACCGCUAGCAGCAGUCCCUCCGAAAAGUCGAAGCGCAAAGCCAGCCCACCCGCCAACGCAGCCAACCGAAGCAGCAGCAAAGACCGCCGCGCAGUCAAGAAAGCCCGGAGAAUGGGUCCGCUCGUCGAUGAUAUCAGCCCUACACUGCUCACUUGGGUCGUCAGCGCCGGCGUUGUCGUCCUCAUGAGUGCACUAAGCUUCUCGGCGGGCUAUGUUGUAGGCAAGGAAGCAGGCCACGCCGAAGCCAUGGGCCAGAUCGGCGCUGUCGGUAGCGAAGCAGGCCGCUGUAGCAAAGAGGCUGCCACUGGGCUCAAAGGCGCAGGCCUGGGUCUCAGGAGGCUACGAUGGUCUGGCGGAAGCGGAGUGAGGGUCUGAGCCGCUCUCCUUCCAUAGACGGCGCCAUCUACGAGUAACGAACAAUAACGACCAAUAAGACGGCUAGAUGGGACGGAGGGAGCUAAUAAUGGGAUGAUCUUUCCGGAGUGCACAAGGCAACAAGCAUAUGUUUGGGGAUAUCCCUUUUUUCACAUACCCUCAUUUACGGCGUUUGCAUUCUCUCCUUUGUCUUUUUCAAGGUUUAGCGUUGGGUAGGCAGGUAGGCGUUUCUCGGGUUUAAGCAUGAGGUGGUAGGUGGAGUUGUGGUGGCAACUCCACUGAGUGAUGUGAGGGGACUAAUUGCGAGCGCGGGCACGGAUAGAUGGCUGGAGUUGGCCAAGUUCGCUGUCAUGUACGGCGAGUCCAUAUACAUAUGCCCGGGAUAUCUUUAGCUCAAUAUAGGAUGCGGUCUCCCUCUUCCUAUGCAUCACUUAAUCAUUGCACGGUCGCAAAGGGGCACAGGCUC